GAUGCAUUUUGACAGGGUUGGUCCAGCUGAGCCAAGAUGGCGGACGAACAGCUCACUGAUGAGGAGAGGGUCCGCAUUGCUUCCAAUUUUGUUGUCCAUGCGCCACCUGGAGAAUUCAAUGAAGUUUUCAAUGAUGUCCGGCUACUGCUCAACAAUGACAGCCUGCUCAGGGAACGGGCGGCGAAUGCUUUUGCGCAGUAUAACAUGGAUCAGUUUACACCCGCCAAACUUAAAGAAGAUCAGGUGUUGAUCACGGAACAUGGAGACCUGGGAAACGGGCGCUUCUUUGACCCGCGAAACAAGCUGUCAUUUAAGUUUGACCACCUGAAGAAAGAGGCAAGCGAUCUGAAGGCCUACGAGGGUGAAGCAGCUCUGGAGCCAUGGAGGGAUGCGUGUGACACUGCUAUCAGGGCCUACAUCAAAGAUCAUUACCCUACUGGAGUGUGCACUGUGUAUGGGAAAACCAUUGAUGGCAACCAAACAAUCAUUGCCUGCAUUGAAGGACAUCAGUUUCAACCCAAAAACUUCUGGAACGGCCGCUGUCGGUCCGAGUGGAAGUUCACCUUGUCUCAGGGCGUGACUCCGCUGGUGGGCGUCCUCAAGGUCCAGGUGCAUUAUUAUGAAGAUGGCAAUGUGCAACUUGUCAGCCACAAGGACAUUCAAGAGUCUCUCAACAUUUCUAAUCCGAAGCAGACUGCUGAAGAGUUUGUUAAAGUUAUUAACAAUGCAGAGACUGAAUACCAGACGGCAAUCAAUGAGAACUACCAGAAUAUGUCGGACACCACCUUCAAAGCCUUACGUCGACCGCUUCCUGUCACCCGCACCAAGAUCGACUGGAACAAGAUCCUCAGCUAUAAGAUCGGCAAAGAGAUGCAGAACGCUUAGAGCUGACCCGGCUUGCCUUUCCCUCUGCUCGCAGUACAAGCCAAGACGUGAGCUGCGGGGGGUCUGGGCUCGAGUGUGAGACCGGGGCCAGGCUUGGGCACUUCGGACAAAUGUGCUAAGAAAUGUCCUUGUUUUCUUUUUCUUUCCUUUUUUUCCCCCUAAUAGCCAAGGUUUAACCUCAGCUGAAGAGACUGCCUCUUUUUCUGUAUUGUCGGAAGGCUGUGAAAUUGUUCUGUUGGGUGUAGCAAUGGUCCUUGCUGUUGAACCAAUACCUCCUGCAACACCAGUGCACAGGGUCAGAAAUGUUAUACCCCACUUUUACACAUUUUAUGCCCACCUGCCCGAUUAAUACGCACCACUCCGAGAGGGGUUUCUGGACACCGAUUUAGCCAUGUCUUUGACCAAAUGUUUAAUCUCGCUAAUGAAAACGCUUUUUUUAAAAUAUACUUUGGAAUAGAGUUUAAUUUUAUAACCAUUCUUGAAUGAUAUUGAUUUUAAUCCAAGAUUCCAGAGGGGUUUUUUUUCCAUACAUUUUCUAUUUUGAGCAGAUGGAAAUAAAGCUUGAAGAGGUUCUUUGUAUGAAGAAGCUGUAGGGUGAUUACUGCUUAGCUUAAAGCCUUUUUUUUUUUUUUUUCCCCCUCAGUACUACUAUAUAUCCAUUAUUUUGUAUUUUUAGUAACGUCCACAUUAUUGUCCUCAUUUAAAUUUUCUUGAUGAGCUUAAACUAAAUCUGCAGUCCGGACAAAAAUGAUUUAAAGUUAUAUGUUCAGGUAUAUGUCUUCAUUUUCGGCAGUGUUAGAUCUCUCUUAAUAUUAGCCUGAUCCUGAACUCCUCAGAACCUCAGAGAUAAGAAGCACAUGUACACGGUUAAUGCUCCACUAACAAAAUCACUGCUAUUGGAAUAUAUUAUGUAGAAUGUCUAACUACUCUGGACAUCAUAUGUGAUGUGUUUUGUUCUAAUUCACCUGACAAACCUCCAGAUGGUUUCUUUGUUCUCGUCUCUGUCUGAAUUUGAUGCCUGUUCUGUGCCACUGUUUGAUCAUCACGAUAAUUUCUUCUCUGGAAGCAGUGUUUAUCGGUGGUACUUCUUAAACGUACUGUUAUUUGUUGACCAGAUUUGCCAAAAAAAAAAAAAAAGAAAGAAAGAAAGGGAAAAAACAGCACUGUAUUCUUAUGGUCCACAGUUUCAGUGUACAGAUGGAGGUUGUAAUGCCUCUCCCUCGGAUUGGAAAUGGUCGCAAUAUCGCCCUCUGGUGUCUCCAACUGGUAGCAUUACUGUAUGCAUUUCCAGGGUUUUCGCCUCAGUUUUCUGCUUCCUUCCCGAGCAGUUAUUGCUAUUUUUUACAAAGUGUAUGAACAAA